CAUGGAUAGUUUCCAAGAGUGGAACGGAGAAACUUUGUCGAGGGAUAGGCGAAGGAGAAUGGGAAGGGUCGAAGAUCUCCGCUAUUUAGUAUUGGAAAAUACUCAGAAAGAGGCUGUAAGAGCCCAAGAAGAAGGAGUGAUCUCAACAGACGAACAAAGUGCUUCCGAUUAUGAGUUAGAACUUUUUGAUAUUGCUAUAGAGCCGUUAUUGCCAAAUGAUAUAACAGACGAAUACGAAUCUAGAAUAAGACUCUCCGAAUUAAGGGAUAAACCAAAAGAAAAAGAAAAAGUAAAGAGAGCUAAUAGAGAACAACCCAAGACUAAUACUCAUAUUCCAAGGCCCCGGAAGUUACAUAGGAUGAAAUCUGAAGGUUCUGUACUAAAGAAACAAGCGUCUAAUCAUCUGAGCGACGUCACCAUGCAAUUCAAGUACUCGAACGCGAUGGAGCAUAAAGAAAUAACGGUAGCCACUCAAAAGGGUAAAAAUGUUACGUCGAAGCCGAUUUGGGUUGCCGAAUCGCGGGAGAAGAGAAAAAUUUCACUUUCGCCAGUGAUUGGAAGAUCUGAAUCUUGUCCCCCCUUAAAAUCUGUCAUAAGAACAACUCCUAGCAAUAGUAAUUUAUUAGCAGUUCCUAAAAGGAGUAGCGAGAAACGACGAGUUCGAUUUUCGUUACCAGCAAUCGGAUUAAAAGAAGAUAAAAACACUAUAGCUCCGAGUAAGUACCAAGUAUUACCGGAGAUUAGGUGUAAAGAAGAAAAGUGA